AUGGGUGCCGAGUGCAGCAAUCCGACAUGUGGCCGGCCGGAGACGGGCCGAUGCCCGGAGUCCAGCGUCCAAGCUCAGAGCUGCCACACUCGUCUUUCUCCUCAAUGGAGCAGGGACUGCGCCGAAAGCCGGUGCGGAGAGUAUGAAUUCGACACCGGCCUUUUCUUCGAUGACCACAUCUCGCCGCCUGACGAGCUUCUCCAUCCGGCAUUUGAAACGAUGCAAGGAAACUGGUAUCGCAAAGAGCCGCGGCCUGUUUGGUUGGGCAUCGGACCAAAAUUCGUACCUUUACAGUAUGCAAUUAAGGCUCACAAUUAUCGUGCGCUGUGUUGGCGAUUUCACGGGGUAAGAUGUAGGGGUUGA